AUGGAUUCGUUCAGUCUACCGGUCGAUAUUCCAGAUCUGAGAUCACAGCUUAAUCCCCUUCUACAGGCGCUGAGUACGACACCCGUGUUCAGUAGUCUGAAGCCUUCGACUACAGCGGAUGGCUUAGCUGCACUUCUUUUUCUUCUCACAUCACUCGGCUAUCUCGCUCGUGGUCGCAUUUGGGAUAAGCCGGAUCCAAAUUACCAUAUAUACUUCGAGAGGCCACAAGUCGCGGAGGGCUCUUCGGACGGAAAGACCACCACGACCCGCGAUGUUUGCCAACGCCUCGAUGAGGGCGGUUACCAUUGUGUCAUAUUCUGGGGCUCACAGUCUGGCACAUCAGAGCGACUUGCUGAAAACCUAGGUCGAGAGUGCGGCGCACGCUUCGGUAUAAACGCCCUGGUCGCAGACCUCUCCGAUUACGAUGCCGAAAGCAUUGCCAACAUCCAGAAGAAGUACUUCGCUAUCUUCAUCGUGAGCACAUAUGGCGAAGGCGAUCCCAGCGAUAACACAGCUGGUCUUUGGGAUUGGAUCAAGCGCGUUGGCGAGAACAAGAUUCGACUUGAGAGUUUGCGAUAUCUGGCUUUCGGUCUUGGCAACAGCAACUACAAGUACUAUAACAGGGUCCUUGAUGUUGUGGCGGAUGCCCUCGACGCUGCUGGUGCUACUGCGCUUAUCCCACGCCAGAGGGCGGACGACGCCAACGGAGGAACAGAAGAAGACUACCAGGCAUGGAAAGACAAUGUUUUUGCUCUGCUUACACGGAUGGGCUUCCAGGAGAAGGCUAUUACCUACGAGCCAAACAUCGAAGUUGAUCUCGUCGCCUCGAGCCAUGAUUCCGAAGAGUAUUCCGUCACGUCCGUACACCACCAACGAUCUGUCACCAACUCAGCCAUCGUCCCUUUGACCAUCAAGCACGCUCGUGAGUUGUUCAAAUCGAGUGAUCGCAACUGCGUACAUCUGGAGGUAGAUCUGGGGAAUACGGACAUCGUGUACAAAACCGGGGACCACGUCGGUGUUUGGCCAAUCAAUCCUGAAGAAGAAGUCAAUCGAUUGCUAGACGUCCUAGGCUUGCAAGACCGCAGACAGGACCGCCUCACUGUCAUACCCAAGACCCAUGCCAAUAAGCCAAAGGUACCGUCUCCAUCAACGCUCGAGACAGCUUUUCGGAAUCAUCUGGAAAUUUGCGCUCCCGUGGCUCGUAAGGCAGUGCUCGAAAUCGCUCAGUUUGCGCCCUCACCUGGAGCGAAGUCGAGGCUUCUCGAUAUCGCUCAGGAUCGUGAGCGUUACGAACGGUUUACGGCUUCUACACACAUCACUUUCGCUAGGUUGCUCAAGUUCGUCAGUCCCGAGGAUGCGUGGAGGUCGAUACCGCUCGCCUUUGUCCUAGAGAACUUGCUACCACUGCAGCCACGGUACUACUCCAUCUCUUCAAGCUCUGUCAUAUCACCACGGCGAAUUGCCAUUACUGCACUCGUCGUGAACAAGACUAUCACGACUGAAGAUCAGUCUACAGCAACCAUCCAUGGACUGACAUCCAAUUACCUGUUAUCAGCCUCUAACCUUCAGUCCGCUACGAAUGCACCCGUUCCUGUCUAUCAUCGUACAAUCGAAAGUGUAGACCUUCAAGGUCAAACAAUCCUCGCGCACGUUAGGAAAUCGAAGUUCAAACUCCCCAUCACAUCAUCGACUCAAUUGAUCUUGAUCAGUGCAGGUACUGGAUUCGCACCAUUCCGCGCUUUCCUCCAAGAACGCGCGAAAUUGCAUGCGAUUGGUAAACCCAUCGGCAAGAUGUUGUUGUUCUUCGGUUGCCGCAAUCAGAAUGACUAUAUCUACCAAGACGAGUUGGUAAAGAUGCAGGAGCAACUAGGCGACAAGCUAGAAAUCGUCACUGCGUUUUCACGAAUGCAGGGGCAACCCAGAACGUAUGUGCAGGACAGGGUUGCGGAGCGAGCUGGCAAAGUGCUGGAGAUGUUAGAGUCAGGGGCGAACAUGUACAUCUGCGGUAAGGCGAGCAUGGCGCGAGAGGUAGACAUGAAGCUGGAGGAAGCUGUCAUGGAGAAGAAAGGCUUGGCUGAGGUAGAUGUCAAGGCGUGGGCCGACGGGUUGAAGAAGCGAGGGAAAUGGAAGGCGGAUGUCUGGGGGUAA